AGGAGGCGUGGCGCUACUUGAAGACCCGAGCCGGGAUCGGGGUCGCUGGCCGAUCCCGCAGCUGUGGCCUUUGAGCCAUGGGCACCGUCUGGUCCGCCCUGUUGGUCGGCGGGGGUCUGGCCGGAGCGCUGUUCGUUUGGCUGCUGCGGGACAAGGGAAAGGACGCGGGUGCGGAGCCAGAUCCCGACGCCCGGCUCGGGGAGCCGGGAGGCGACCAAGCUGGCGGUGGACUGAACCCUGGACCUUCCAGGCGGGAGCUGGUCACUAAACCAGAACAUCCCCAAGGAAACAAUGGAUGUUUGCUUUCAGACAAAGGAAAUGGUAACCUACAGGAAGGGAGGUGGAGACCACGGAGUCCUGGAGAAGGUGGUAACUGCAGUGAGUCAAGAGAGAAUGUUUCUUCUGGAUGGUUUCCAGACACACAGUGUCUAGCUGCCUCUGAGACUAGGAACUCUAGGUGCCACUCUGAAGUUUCAAGAAGUCGAAGCCUUGAGUCUUCUCAAAGAGAAUGGGGAUUCCAAAAAGGACAAGAGACACCUGGUAAAGCAACUCCAACCUUUGCUGAGAAAUUGCCUUCUAGCAACCUGUUCAUGGACAGAGUUGAAGAAGUAAGUCUGGCUCGAAUGGACAGCCAGGACUUGACUGACCCUGAGGACUGGGAAAUGGUAUCGAGGCAUUCAUCUUGGGGAGAUGUUGGUUUGGAUGGCAGCCUCGAGUUCUCGAUGUUAAGCUCAAACCAGGGGCUGGACUGUGGCAGAAGCAGUCUUGUGGAAGCAAGAGGUCAGGAAGUGGGUAUGAAAACAAAAAGGGUCGUGAGGAUGUCUUCACAGUCUCAGCAUGUCAGUAUCAGUUUCCAGAUCCAUUAUCUCACAAGCACUGGAGUGCAAUUCAUUGCAGUAACUGGAGACCACGAGAAUCUAGGAAGAUGGAAUACUUUUGUUCCACUCCAGUGCAGCAAGGAUGGACUCUGGUCUCAUUCUGUGUCCCUGCCAGCUGACACAGUGGUGGAGUGGAAGUUUGUGGUGGUAGAGAAUGGGGAAGUUACCCGUUGGGAAGAGUGCAGCAAUAGACUCUUAGAGACUGGCCAUGAGGAUAAAGUGGUUCACAAGUCGUGGGGGGUUCAGUGAUUCAGUUUGCAAAGUAUUAGAGAGAAUUCAUAGCAUGUGCAAGAGGCUAAGGUUGUGGAGCACACUGAAUAAAAGAAAAUUAAGUAUAACUUUGAAUGUAGCUAAUAGAAUUGUUUCAUAUCAGCUAGUAGCUUUUUUCUAAGUGCACUAUACACAAACACAUAUGUAUAUGUAGUUACUGCCUCCCAUGAACAUGGACUUUCCCUCUGUAGCUUGAUGUAUAGAUUAAUGCAGAUCCAGCAUUAGUUUGGGGCUUGGAUCUUUUCGGGAAGAAUCUAGGUCAACUUCAGGUGCAGGCUGAUCAAGGAGUACAGAAACUAAUCAGCUGUACACCAUUCAAGCUUAAACCAUCCUUGGGUCAUCCUUAAGCCAAGGGAUUAAAACAAAUCUCAUACAGAAAUAAGUGAUUUUCCAUUGGGACACUUGGAAAAAAGUCCUUUUAACCAUACACACAUUUUAUAUUUAAAAAUAGUCAACACCAGGCCCUCCCUGGCAGAAAUAUUUGCAUUCCAUGCAACUGAUAAGGCACUGACAUCAAAGAUCUACAUACAACUCAACAACACAAAGUAAACAACCCAGUGAAAAAAUGGGCAGAAGAGCUAAAAAGACA